CGGCAGGCUGAGGGCGUCAGGGCAGUUCGCGAUGGCCGCGGCUGGUUCCGCUGCCGUGUCUGGGGCCGGGACCCCAGUGGCGGGGCCCACAGGCCGCGACCUCUUUGCCGAGGGGCUCCUGGAGUUCCUGCGACCUGCUGUGCAGCAACUCGACUCUCACGUGCACGCGGUCAGAGAAAGCCAAGUAGAGCUCCGGGAACAAAUUGACAACCUAGCUACAGGUGAGUGAGCACCCAAAAUACCUAGAAUCCCUGAUCUCGCUUUCAGGAACUGUUUUCCCAGGUUAGGCUAGGUUUCUGUCACUUGCUUCUCAAUAUCAGAACUACCCACGGACUCCGGGGAUAUUUUUAAGACAGAAUGGAAGAAGGGAAGGUGUGGAUCGCACAAGGCUGCAAGAGUAUUUUUCAUCCCAUUCCUUUCUUACGUUCCCUAAGAACAAAAAAAUGAGCCAUUAGAUGUUGGUUGCACAUUUCCUCUUUACAGAACUGUGCCGGAUCAAUGAGGAUCAGAAGGUGGCCCUGGAUCUGGACCCCUAUGUUAAGAAGCUGCUUAAUGCCAGGCGGCGAGUUGUCUUGGUCAACAAUAUUUUACAGAAUGCACAGGAACGACUAAGGCGGUUAAACCACAGUGUGGCCAAGGAAACAGCCCGCAGGAGAGCCAUGCUGGAUUCAGGAGUUUACCCUCCUGGUUCUCCAAGCAAAUAAGCCUGGACCUAUGACCAGAGUAUACAGUACUAUUCUCCAACAGCUUUGUCUUGGUAGACAGAAGAUUCCAGCAAAGUCUCCGUAGACCUUUGAUUUGUUUGCACUAUGUACUCAUUCAUGUAGCAGCCUCAAGAAAUAUGCAUACAGCAGGACUAUUCCUAAAGAACCUCCAUUACAGUGUCCUUCCAAGAAUGAGCCUCUACCUUUUGUUUUGUUUCUUGAGACAAGGUCUCAAUAUGUAAGGCAGGCUGGCCUCAAACAUAUUUUCUUGCCUUAGCCUCCUGAAUGCUGGGAUCAUAAUAGGCAUGUGUCAGGGUGCCUGGCUCAAGCCUUUGUACAUUUUCUCCCAAAGAAUGUUAAGUAAAUUAGGCAUCAUGUGCUAGAAAAUCUGGGAAGACACCAGAGAUUUAUUGCAGAAAGUACACUACUUCUCCCUCUCUGCCUCACCACAGUUCCUCUCAGAAGGUAAUAACCUUCCCAGAAUCAUCUUACACAUUUUUAGUGUUUAGGUUAGUUCCUAUUAACAAGUAUCACAACUAUUGCCUUCAUUCCUGCCCAAGGAGAGCAUGACAAAUAACAUGAGAAUCCAAGGUCAAGGGCAGAGCCUUGAUAGCUGAGAGCCCCUAAGCUUUUGUGAUUGUGUUUAGGCUACUACAUGUUUUAAGGGCUAGAGGGAUAGCUCAAUGGUUAAGAGCACUGGUGGUUCUUCCAGAUGGAGUUCAGUUCCUAGCACCCACAUGGUGAUUCCAGGUGAAUCCAAUGCCCUUGUCUGGCCUUUCUAGGUGUAGCACACAUACACACACGUUGCAGACAUACAUGCAGGUAAAACAUCCAUUCUCAUAAAAUAAAAAAUUAAAAGUUACAUAUUUAAGUGCUACCAUUUCGAGGCCUAGUUAGCCAGUGUUAACCAUACUGUUACUCUUAUUACUUGGGCCUGGGCAAAGUUUACCUGUAACUUAAUUUUGUUUACAAUUACAGACCUAGGUAAAGUCAAGAUAAAUAAUUUAUCCUCUUGACCACCCUGGCUUGACUAUGUUAAUAUUAAGUAUUACUCAGCAUUAUUAAUAAAUCCUUGCAAUGGUUAUUUUAACAAAAAA